UUUAGAACUAAAGGGUAGCUUUUAUUAUCCAAAGACGGUCACUCUGUUUGUAAACAAAAAAGAAAUUUAAAAUGACGGACGCAGUUGACAAAAUGUUGGCGGGAAUGGCAGCCAAUCGGCAGUCUAUGCACCGUCAGAUGGGGAAGAUAGACGAAAUAAUGGAGAGGUCAAACAACACUUUGCUACACGUCGAGUACAACUGCAAGGCUCUGGCUCAAAACUCAGGGCCGACGGAGACCCAAAACGUGUACCACAUUACGCCGGAGUCUCAGCUGGCGUUGUCCAAGAUCCUGGAGAACUUUAAACUGCUGAUGAUGAGCGGCGAUCAUCGGGAGGAGAACUAUAGCGUCCUCGAUGGCUGUCUUGCCUACCGACACCGCGUGGAGCGCCUCAGCAGUUCCGUGCGCAAACUUGUGGCCCUCUACGACACCGUUGGUCAAAUGAGAAGCCUACAGGAGGAUCAGGAUGCCAGCGAAGAUUCAUCCUAAGAAAUAUAAGUUUCCCUAAGUUUAAUCGUGUAAAAAGCCAUAAUUUUAAACAAAAAUAUCCAUGUUACAUUUUAUUUUAUAUUAACGGUAAGAGCUAAA